GAGGAGCGGGGUCCACGGGCCCGCGGGGGCGCAGGCACCAGAGGCAGAGUGAGCGCCACCGGGGAUAUCACUACCCAUCAUGGUCGCUGCGCACGCUGCCCAUUCUCCCUCCUCGGCCGAGUGGAUCGCCUGUCUGGAUAAAAGGCCAUUGGAAAGAUCCAGUGAAGAUGUGGACAUAAUCUUCACACGACUGAAAGAAGUCAAAGCUUUUGAGAAAUUCCACCCAAACCUUCUCCAUCAGAUUUGUUUAUGUGGUUAUUACGAGAACCUGGAGAAAGGAAUAACAUUAUUUCGCCAGGGUGAUAUUGGAACAAACUGGUAUGCCGUCCUGGCCGGGUCUUUGGAUGUUAAAGUGUCUGAGACCAGCAGUCACCAGGAUGCGGUGACCAUCUGUACCCUGGGGAUCGGGACAGCCUUUGGAGAGUCCAUCCUGGACAACACACCCCGCCAUGCGACCAUCGUUACCCGUGAGAGCAGCGAGCUGCUGCGCGUGGAGCAGAAGGACUUCAAGGCAUUGUGGGAGAAAUACCGACAGUAUAUGGCAGGACUUCUGGUUCCUCCGUAUGGUGUUAUGGAAACGAGCUCUAACAAUGACAGGAUUCCUGACAAGGAGAAUACACCUCUCAUUGAACCUCACGUUCCUCUUCGUCGUAACACCAUUACCAAGGUCCCUUCAGAGAAGAUCCUCAGGGCUGGAAAAAUCUUACGAAAUGCCAUUCUCUCUCGAGCACCCCACAUGAUAAGAGACAGAAAAUACCAUCUAAAAACAUACAGACAAUGCUGCGUGGGAACUGAGCUGGUGGACUGGAUCAUGCAGCAGACUCCAUGUGUUCACUCCCGGACUCAGGCUGUUGGCAUGUGGCAAGUCCUGUUAGAAGAUGGUGUCCUCAAUCAUGUGGACCAGGAGCACCAUUUCCAAGACAAAUAUUUGUUUUAUCGAUUUCUGGAUGACGAGCACGAGGAUGCCCCUUUGCCUACUGAGGAGGAGAAGAAGGAGUGUGAGGAGGAGCUGCAGGACACCAUGCUGCUGCUGUCACAGAUGGGGCCAGACGCCCACAUGAGGAUGAUCCUGCGCAAACCACCUGGCCAGAGGACUGUGGAUGACCUAGAGAUUAUCUAUGAAGAGCUCCUACAUAUCAAAGCCUUAUCUCACCUUUCUACCACCGUGAAACGGGAGUUAGCGGGUGUUCUCAUUUUCGAGUCUCAUGCCAAAGGAGGAACUGUGUUGUUUAACCAGGGGGAAGAAGGUACCUCCUGGUACAUUAUUCUAAAAGGAUCGGUGAAUGUAGUCAUUUAUGGCAAGGGCGUAGUCUGCACCCUGCAUGAGGGGGAUGACUUUGGCAAGCUAGCACUAGUGAAUGAUGCUCCCAGAGCCGCCUCAAUUGUCCUGAGAGAAGAUAACUGCCAUUUCUUAAGAGUUGACAAAGAGGAUUUCAACCGGAUCCUGAGGGAUGUGGAGGCGAAUACAGUCAGACUUAAAGAACAUGACCAAGAUGUCUUGGUGCUGGAGAAGGUCCCAGCAGGGAACAGAGCUUCUAAUCAAGGAAACUCACAGCCUCAGCAAAAGUAUACUGUGAUGUCAGGAACUCCUGAAAAAAUUUUAGAGCAUUUUCUAGAAACAAUUCGCCUUGAGCCAGCUUUAAAUGAAGCAACAGAUUCCGUUUUAAAUGAUUUUGUUAUGAUGCACUGUGUUUUUAUGCCAAAUACCCAGCUUUGCCCAGCCCUGGUGGCCCAUUACCACGCACAGCCUUCUCAAGGUACCGAACAGGAGAAAAUGGACUAUGCCCUUAACAAUAAGAGACGAGUCAUUCGCCUGGUUCUGCAGUGGGCCGCCACAUACGGAGACCUCCUACAAGAAGACGAUGUGGCCAUGGCUUUCCUGGAGGAGUUUUAUGUGUCUGUAUCAGACGAUGCCCGGAUGAUUGCUGUCCUGAAGGAGCAACUACCAGAGUUGGAGAAGAUUGUGAAGCAAAUCUCAGAAGAUGCAAAGGCUCCACAAAAGAAGCACAGAGUUCUUUUGCAACAGUUCAACACAGGGGAUGAGAGAUCCCAGAAGCGCCAGCCAAUCCGCGGCUCUGAUGAGGUUUUGUUUAAGGUCUACUGCCUGGACCACACCUAUACCACCAUCCGGGUGCCCAUGGCUGCCUCAGUAAAAGAAGUCAUCAGUGCUGUUGCUGAUAAGCUGGGUUCUGGGGAAAGUCUGAUCAUCGUCAAGAUGAGCUCCGGGGGAGAAAAGGUGCUGCUCAAACCUAAUGAUGUCUCGGUAUUUACAACGCUCACCAUUAACGGACGCCUGUUUGCUUGCCCGCGAGAGCAAUUUGAUUCAUUGACUCCCUUGCCAGAACAGGAAGGCCCAACCAGCGGAACAGUGGGAACUUUUGAACUCAUGAGCUCCAAGGACUUGGCAUACCAGAUGACCAUCUAUGACUGGGAACUCUUCAACUGUGUGCACGAGCUGGAGCUAAUCUACCACACAUUUGGAAGGCACAAUUUUAAAAAGACCACAGCAAACUUGGACUUGUUCCUGAGGAGAUUUAAUGAAAUUCAGUUUUGGGUUGUCACUGAGAUCUGCCUUUGUUCUCAGCUCAGCAAGCGUGUGCAGCUCUUAAAAAAAUUUAUUAAGAUAGCAGCCCAUUGUAAAGAAUACAAGAAUCUGAAUUCCUUUUUUGCCAUCGUCAUGGGACUGAGCAACGUGGCUGUGAGCCGCCUGGUGCUGACGUGGGAGAAACUGCCAAGCAAGUUCAAGAAGUUCUAUGCAGAGUUUGAAAGUUUAAUGGAUCCUUCCAGAAACCACAGGGCCUACAGGCUGACAGCUGCUAAGCUGGAUCCUCCUCUCAUUCCAUUCAUGCCUCUGCUCAUUAAAGAUAUGACAUUUACUCAUGAGGGGAACAAGACGUUCAUUGACAAUCUAGUAAACUUUGAAAAAAUGCGCAUGAUUGCCAAUUCUGCCAGAACAGUGAGGUACUACAGGAGCCAGCCCUUCAAUCUUGAUGCAGCUCAAGCUAAUAAGAACCAUCAGGAUGUCCGGAGUUAUGUGCGGCAAUUAAAUGUGAUUGACAACCAGAGAACUUUAUCACAGAUGUCACACAGAUUAGAGCCUCGCAGGCCAUAGACAUCUAAAGAACAAUGGUUUGUCUCCAGUCCACAGUCUUUCAAAAAUGUCAUUCCUGCUACUGCUGAAUGUAUUGCCACUAGAGAGAUCGACAAAGCAAGCAAAAAACUCAUCCUGAGACACCUCAGGGCUGCAUUCAGCUUACCAACUACAGGACAACAGAGGAGAUUAUUUGACUUGCAUAAAGCUGACACGCUCUAGCUUAGGAAUCCCCCAUCGGUAGUCACCCUGUUUCAUUUCCAGUUGUGCCAUCUUCACAAGACUCCCAGGAAGAGCUUGGUUACAUGUGCCACUGUCAAGAGAAAUAUCACCAAGAGUGUUUACCUGAUCUAACUUGCUACAAAUGUGAUUGAUCUGGAUGUAUCGGUGGUGAGAAGGCUUCCUUAUUUAUAACUCAGUAUCUUGAUUGGGACCAUAGAGUUAGGAAGGUACUGAGGAAUUGCAGAAAUUCAAAUGCAAGGUUGUAUUUUUUUCUAUCUCAUCUCCUUAUCACUGAAGGAAUAGGACCUCCCACAUUACUAUAAAACACUAUGCUGAUCUGUGUAACUGAGGAAGGAAUGGUUGUAACUUCAGAAUGAUAUAUCGAAUAACAUUUAUGUUUACAAUAUAACUUCUAAAACCUUAUAAAUCAGGAUUCCAUAUAUAAAAAUUCUGCUGAAAAACACCAAGUUUCUUAAAAUUGCCAGUGUUAAGAAAGAUGGAAAAUAACAAUUCAGAAGAGCACAAUAUACACAAAACCUUUUUCAAUGAAAUAUUUUCCUGGGCAUUAAUAACCUUUCAGCUACAAAUAAAUGCAUUGUUACUGAAUUUAAAAAAUCAUAUUUUCUGGACUUAAAUGUUAUUACAAAUAUUUUAAUUUUCAAUGAUUGUUUUGCACUUUCAAAUAGAUUGUAAAUAGUUCGUUCAAUCAAGGGUAUAGAGUUAUUUAUUUGCUACAUAAUAGAUAUUGUGCCAAAUAUUUCUUUUUUUAAUUUAUUUAGUAUGUAACUUUGGAGUACCUUUUUUUUGUUUUCACAGUUAGACUAUAUUUAAUGUGUAGGAAUUGUAUGUAUGUAUAUCUUCUGUAAAUAACAGCUAGUAUCUUCAUUAAAUAUAAUUGUUAACAAGAAAAAGUUGUAUUGUUUCAAUUCCUCUAAUACAGGAGAAUAUAAACAUUUAGAAUGAUGGGGUACUGAUUUUUUCUUCCUUUUGGGGGAGGGUAUGGGGGAUUAAACCCUUAGGGCCUCAUGCAUAAUUGAUACAUUCUCUACCGCUGUGCUACAACUCUAGCUUGGAUUUGUUUUAGCAGUAUCAAGGAUUGAACUCAAGGCCUCAUACUUGCCAGGCAGCUGCUCUACCACUUCAUCCAUAUCUCCAGCCCCUUUUUGCCCUGGUUAUUUUCAAAGUAGAGUAUUGCUUUAUUUCCAGGCCAACCUGGGCUUUGGUCCUCCUACUUAUGUUUUCUUGCACUAUUGGAGAUAACAGGUGCAACUCACUGUGCCAUUAUGAUUGUUUGACAUUUCACUACAGCAUCACUAACCUGCAAUGUUGUCACACUGUAUAUCUGCAGCUCAUUUACAAAGCUGGCAAAUAGAACUGCUCAUCCAAGGAAUAUCUUUGCUCUUAUUUUACUCUUCUUUCUUCCUACCUUUCUUAAAAACUAGCAUCUUACAUACACAAGUACCUUUUCCCCAGUUCCAUGAUG